AUUGCAAACCAGUCUCUAGCCUGCUUGGAUCUCACACGCAAUUAUUUGCAGGACUCUGGAAUAAAACUUCUAUGCAAAGGGUUAACAAACAAGGAUUGUGUACUGCAGGAACUAAGACUGGUAGAUUGUGGUUUGACAUCAAGUUGUUGCGCUGACCUAUGCUCUUUUAUUACUACAAACCGAACUCUGACCAUGCUGGAUCUGUCCAAGAACACAGUGGAUGACUUUGGACUCAAAGUUCUGUGUGAGGGACUUAGACAUCCAGGCUGUACCAUACAGGAUCUGAGAUUUAAGGAAUGUAAUUUCUUCCCAUCCUACUGUGAAGAUCUCGCCAACAUUCUCUCCAAC